AUGGCACCCCCAACUCGCAGCCCUACUAACAACACCAAGGAGGGUCAUACCGAGGGCAACGAAGGAUGGGAACGGAGGAAACACCACUGCCAACCUACAACCGGAAGCUUUGACUGCAUUGGCGGCGCAACUUGUGAGCUUACUAGCAAUGGGUACCAAUACCAAGGGAGGAACAACCAGCGAUGGACAACGAGGAUGCAAUCAGGCUGCUUUAAGUUCGGGAAACCUGGACAUAUCGCAAGGGAUUGUAGGACUCUUGCCAACAACCAAGCCAAUCAGAACUGCCCAAAGAGACAAAGAACCACGGCACCUGCUCGGGUGUAUGCUUUGACGCCAAGUGAUGCAGCGGCGUCAAACGACGUAGUAACAGGUACUCUUCCUAUUUCAUCUAGUAGAGCUUAUGUUCUUUUUGAUUCAAGGGCAACACACUCGUUUAUGUCGUAUUCCUUUGCUAAAGCCUGUUGUCUGGAGUCUAAAGCCUUAGAUGUAAAUUUAGCAGUUGCUACACCAGUAGUGAGUACAAUUUUAUGCACCUCAGUAGUUAAGGGUUGUCCUAUUCUAGUUGAAGGCCAUGUCAUGCCAGGGAAUCUCAUUAUCUUUGAAAUGAGCUGGUUUGAUAUUAUUUUAGGCAUGGAUUGGCUAUCCAUGUAUCAUGCUUCCGUGGACUGUUUCCACAAGGAGAUCGUGUUUAGACCACCGGGAGCAGCAGAGUUCAAGAUUCGGGGGAAUCAGAAUACCAAUACAUUCAAAUUGAUAUCUGCACUACAGGCGACCAAAUUACUGAGAAGUGGGUGUUCAAGAUACUUGGCUUGCAUGACAAAAGAAAAAUCGAGAUGCAAGAUUGAGGAAAUACCUAUAGUACGAGAAUUUGUGGAUGUUUUUCCAAAAGAGCUGCCAGGGAUUCCGUCGGACAGGGAGACCGAAUUUACCAUUAACUUAUUACCAAAGACCGCACCCAUAUCCAAGGCUCCGUAUAGAAUGUCACCACUGGAACUCAAGGAUCAGUUACAAAAACUUCUAGACAAGGCUUUUAUCCGCCCUAGUGUUUCUUCAUGGGGAGCACCGAUCCUAUUCGUGAAGAAAAAGGAUGGGUCGAUGAGACUAUGUAUCGACUAUCAAUAA